AUGACUCCUACCAUUCUUGUGAUCGGCGCGACCGGCAAUACUGGCAAGAGCGUUGUCCGCGGCCUCCCAAAGCUGCUUGAGUCCAGCAACACCAACUACCGAAUUCUUGGCCUCACACGUUCCCUCGACAACCCCGCGUCUCAGAAGCUUGCCAAUUUGCCUCAUGUUGAGAUGCAAGAGAAGGACUGGACCACCAUCGAUGCUGCAUGGCUUCGGAGCCAGCAGGUAACUAGAGUCUACAUCGCACCACACAACUUGCCCCACCAGUUUGCGGAAGAGUCUGCUCUCUACGUCGCCCUGCUGCAUGCUGGCGUCGAAUACGUGGUCAAAGUAUCGACCAACGUGGAGUACAUUGGCCCAACCAGCCCUAUAUUCUACGGUCGCUCACAUUGGGCGAUUGAAAACCUGCUGAGUCAGCCAGAGUUCAAGUCUUUGCAGUGGACAUCACUGCAGCCGAAUUUCUUUACUGCAAGUUACCUCGCUUCCGUCGCCGACUGGAUCAAAGCAUACCAAGAAACCGGCAAACAAGAGACUCUUCGCAUGAUUCCUGCUGCCAACGUGGCCGUGGCGAUGAUUGAUCCCGAGGACGUCGGCAACGUUGGAGCCCAUCUCUUGGCGAUCGAGGACCCGACACCACAUAAUCACGCCAAGUACAUCCUCAGUGGUCCCGAAGAUGUGACCGGACAAAGUAUUGUGAAGCUGGCCGAACAGCAUGCAGACGUCAAGAUCGAAACGACAGAAUUCGAAGUGACGAGUUGGCUUAGUGAUUUGGUCAAGGCGGGUGUGUAUCCAGAAAAGUUUUUGCCAUCGAUUCUCGCUGGAUGUGAUGCACUGUGGCAGGGCAAGUGCUCGCUCGCUGGUACACCGACCAGCAAGGAAAUUAUGGAACUAGCCCCUCCGAAGCGCACUGUUAGGGACGCGUUAAAGGCUUUGCUGGAAGAGUAG